GUGGAAACAGUCAUAAGAAUAAAUAUAUUUAUUAUGCCUAUGGUGGAAACUCGCCUUUAGCUGUAACCGUAUUUUAAACUGAAUGCUACCCGAAUGUUAUACUUUAAAUAAGACCGCUGAAUUCAACAAAAAUUUUAUAAAAAACAAAAUAAUUUGCUUCACGUUCAUUAAUUUUUUUAAAAAAGCUUUGAAAUGCUAGAAAAUGUUUUUAAAAUGUCGCAUCAAAAGUUGUUUAAAAGAUUAUUAAAAUAAAUUCUAAAUAUCUAAAAAAUAUAUUUUGGUGGACGUUUAUAUUUUACUAAUUGAAAUAUAAAUUUGCAGCUUCAAUCUUACCUCUAUGCUUUUUAAUUUAUGUUCAAUUGAUAUCUUUUUAUGAAAAAAAUUUAAAGUAAUAUUGAAAUGUCUACUAUUGAUCAAAAAUUCUUAACUGAUAUAUGUUCGGAUGAAAGAAUUUUAACCAAGAACAAUCCUUGUGUUAAAGAAAAUUUAUUUUUAGAGCAUGUAUGUUCUGCUGAAAGUAAUGUAAACAAGAACGAGUUGCUUACUGAAGGAUUAAAUUCUUUAGAGGAUAUACGUUCUGCUAAAAGUAUUUUAAACAAAGGUGAAUCAUAUGCCGAAAUAUUAAGUUCCCUAGAUAAAAAAUAUAAAUCAUUAAUAGAUAGUUGGAUUUCAGAGCAAGAAGAUCUAAAAAAGAAACUGAAGUUAACUGAAUCAAAGAAUUUUUUAAGUAAUCUUAAAUAUGUUGCAGGUGUAGAUUUAUCAUUCCCAUCAGAUAAAAAUGAUUUAAUUCAUGCUUCUGCAUCGAUUGUUGUAUUAAGUUAUCCAGACCUAAAAACUGUAUAUAAAAAAACAGAAAUAGUUCAUCUGACUUCAAUCUAUAUUCCUCAGUUUUUAGCUUUUAGAGAGUUUGAUUCUGUAAAAAAACUUUUUUCUGAAUUAAACAAUACACACCCUCAGUAUUUUCCAGAUUUAGUUUUGGUUGACGGAAAUGGGUUGCUUCAUCCCCGGAAGUUUGGUUUUGCCUGCCACCUUGGAGUUUCAAUGAAUAUACCAUCAAUUGGUGUUGCAAAAAAGCUUUUUCAUGUUGAUGAUAUAAAAAACAUUGAUGAGUUUAAAAAUAAAAAAAAAUUACUCAAAAAAAAAGGUGAAUUAUUUGAACUAGUUGGUAAAGAUGAUUUUGUUUAUGGCUGUGUUCUUCGAAGCACUUCAAACAGCCCAAAUCCAAUUAUUUUAUCAGUUGGUCACAAUAUUUUGUUAACAACUGCAAUAGAAAUUGUUAAUCACUGUUGCAAGUUUCGUAUUCCUGAACCUGUAAGGCUUGCUGAUCAGUUCUCAAGGGAGUAUUUAAGGUUGCAUUAUGCUAAGCAUAUUGAAAAUUGCAACAACUACGAUGAAUUAAACAAGUAUUUUAAUGAAAUCAGUCUAAAAGUAAAUGAACACUGCUAGUUUUUUUAAUUUGAUUAUAUCAUUACCCAGCCAGCACAAACAUGUCUUUUAGGCGUUUUAGAUAAAUAUAUAACAUAUAUUAGUAGUCAUCUUUUAGACGACUUGAGACAGCUAUUAUUCGUUAUCUCAAAGAUAAAUACAAUUAGAUGUUUUAUAGUUAUCUGAAUUGAGACGUCUAAAGGUUUUAACAUUUUAGAUUUUAAAAAUACAUGUUUGUGCUGGCUGGGUAGUUAGCAUGUAUCCAUUAAAUUUACUAUACCACUUUAACUUUACUUUAGCAUUUUUUACACUUAAAAAUGUUUUUUAUAAACAAAAUGUAAAUGAUAUGUUUCUUUUUUUUUUUCUUGCAUAAACUUUAGUUGGUAGAUUUUUGUGAAU